AUGUUCCGCCUCGCGACAGCUCCCUCCCGCACCAGCGGCGUCAGCAGGCAUCUCCUAGCCGGCCUCUCCACGCCGUCGUCAUUACCAUGGGCCCCUGCGGCACCGUCACCACCGCCAGCAUCGAGGCCAGCAAGGACACUAAAGACAAAGGCCAGACUCCGGCCCCUUCCGGGCCUCAAAAAGUCGGGCGUCGCCAAACAGGAGAAGCCAAAGCCCCGAGACGUCGUCUUCGAGCCCCGGUCUCUCACCGAGUUCAAGAUUCUGCUCCGCGAGCUCAACUACAUGAACGUCACGGCAGAACGAGCCCACGACGUCUACAUGAAGUACAUGAAGGCCCUCGCCCGGCCCGAUAAACCACAAGACUGGCAAAAGGCAUUCAUCAAAGAAAACAACCUCACGGCGGGGGAACUGCACGAGACCGCCGGCCUCCUCUACUUCAUGAGGAACGGCACCGAGUCCGAACUCAUCCUGCAGUGCAACAUGAUGGAGACGGCCGCCGGCCUCGGCUACGACCCGUCCGCCCUGACCCUCGGCCGCCGCCUCUACAAGGCCGAGGGCACGAAAAACUACUACGACUGGGACAACCCGCGGUGGCAACACACCCGUACGCGGUGCCUGGCCCUCAUCGAAGAGGGCCGCGACGCAAACGCCAUGGUCUUCGCCGGCCUCCGCCACCUCCGCCGUAAGACGGAGCGCGACGACUACCUCGCCCUCGAGGCCUUCUCGCAGGCCCUCGAGCUCAGCAAGGACGCCGCCCACUUUGACUGGCGGUGCACCGCGCUCGAGGGCCAGGGCGACGCGUACCUGCGGCUCGGCGAGAAGGAGAAGGCCAAGGACGCCUUUUCCCACCUGGGCCAGCUGGGCUACGCGCGGGGGUGGUCGCGCCUGGCUGAGAUGUACCCGGACGACCCGGGCGCCUUGGGGUGGCUGUUCAAGGCGGCCGGGGCGGGCAUCCCCGGCUCGCACCAGAAGCUAGUGGAGCGGUGCGAGAAGAACCGCGAGUCUUGCGCCGGGGACGAGAAGUGGGCAGACUAUUGGGAGCGUCACGCUUCGGAGUGGACGCGGAUAUUAAAGGCCUCAAUCGCCAAAAACAAGCUGUAUCAAUCGAAAUAG